GCUGCGGGAGAGGCGGCGGUCUGGAGCCAGGGGGAGAGGCAGCGGAGGAGCGUCGAGCGGGGCCGCGCCCAGCAGCCUGGCCCUGGGGGUGGGGAAGCGACCGAGGAGCUGGAAACUUUCCCAGCAGGUAACUCUCCUCGCCCGGACGUAGCCGCUGGCCUCUGUGCGUCCAAGGCAGGGCCAGCUGCCUCGGUGUGGAGCGCUGGAGAAGGUCCCAGAGAAGAGGAAAGGGUGAUGGGGAGAAUGGAAAGGCUCGGCGGGAGAAAAUGCGGCGGUGGCCGGGUGGAGGACGGCACCGCAGCCAGCCGACCAAAGGACGCGGCUCUAGGCAACUGUCUUCUGCUCUCAACGUCCUGCGAAAGACUUCCAGGUCUUUCUUCAACUUUCUGUAGUUGACUUAUCUAGAAGAACUUUCUGGUGUCGCCCAAUUGAUACUGCAUCUCUUUGUUGCAAGCAAGUGGAAUCUGAAGUGAAGCUAGGAGCAAGAGUAUCAAAAAUGUUAAAGGCUGUGCUAAAGAAGACACGAGAAGGAGGAAAAGGAAGCAAGAAGGAAAUGGGGGAUUUUGAUUCAGAAACUGCUCCUCCAGUCUUGCCUCCUGGACAUGGUGGUGAUUUUUCCAUGAGCAAUCUUCCAAUGGCAGAGGACACCUACAGUAUGAACUUGACCAAAGGAAUGUCAUUGUCUCUGCCUUCAUCACCUCUGCUGCCUCGACAGUCUCACUCAGUGCAAUCAAGAUCAAACAAAAAAUCCCCAGGUCCCUCCAGGAAGCCCAAGUUUGUGGAAAGCCCCAGAGUGCCUGCAGAUGCAGUUAUAAUCCCAUUCAGAGAAGUGGCCAAGACAACAGAGGCCAAUGAAAAUGAAGCAAAGGCUGAUAAUGAACCAAGCUGUUCGCCAGCAGCUCAAGAACUGUUGACAAGACUGGGAUUUUUACUGGGAGAAGGGAUCCCAAGUGCCACACAUAUAACCACUGAAGAAAAAAAUGAAACCAUGUGCACAGCUCUUAGCCAAGGCAUCAGUCCUUGCUCCACACUAACAAGCAGCACCGCAUCUCCUAGCACCGAUAGCCCCUGCUCAACUUUGAAUAGCUGUGUCAGCAAGACGGCAGCCAACAAAAGUCCCUGUGAGACCAUUAGCAGCCCUAGUUCCACCCUGGAAAGCAAGGACAGUGGAAUUAUAGCCACAAUUACAAGUUCAUCCGAAAACGAUGACCGGAGUGGCUCCAGUUUGGAAUGGAAUAAAGACGGAAACCUCAGGUUAGGGAUACAGAAAGGAGUGCUUCAUGAUCGCAGGGCAGAUAAUUGCUCCCCAGUGGCAGAAGAGGAACCCACGGGACCAACGGAAAGUUUGCUGCCCAAAGCUGAAACCUCAGUUGGAGAGGGUCCAGUCCCUUAUUCUCAGAGCUCCAACUCACUAAUAAUGCCACGGCCCAACUCUGUUGCAGCAACAAGCUCGACCAAAUUGGAAGAUCUGAGUUACUUAGAUGGACAAAGAAAUGCUCCUCUUCGAACAUCAAUUAGAUUACCCUGGCACAAUACAGCUGGAGGUAGGACUCAGGAAGUUAAAGCACGAUUUGCUCCCUAUAAAUCGCAAGACAUUUUGUUGAAACCCCUGUUGUUUGAAGUACCAAGCAUAACAACAGACUCUGUAUUUGUGGGAAGGGAUUGGCUCUUUCACCAGAUAGAAGAAAAUUUGAGGAAUACAGAACUGACAGAAAACAGAGGAGCAGUGGUUGUUGGAAAUGUGGGCUUUGGGAAGACAGCAAUCAUUUCUAAGUUGGUGGCACUUAGCUGUCAUGGAAGCCGGAUGAGACAGAUUGCAUCCAACAGCCCCAGUCCAUCACCUAGAGCCUCAGACUCUUCCCAAGAUCUUUCUUUCACUCCAUUGCUUUCACCAAAUUCUUCUGCAAGUGGCACCAAUGUGGUUAAAAUACUUCCUGGGUCUGAUACUUCUGAAAACCAGAGGCCAAGAGAAGAUGCAGCAAAAUACCUUGCUUCUAAGGUUGUGGCUUACCAUUACUGCCAAGCUGAUAAUACCUACACCUGCCUGGUGCCUGAAUUUGUACACAGCAUUGCAGCUCUGCUCUGCCGAUCCCAUCAGCUGGUUGCCUACAGAGACCUAUUGAUAAAGGAGCCUCAGUUACAAAGCAUGCUGAGCCUCAGGUCCUGUGUGCAAGAUCCGGUUGCUGCCUUCAAGAGGGGUGUUCUGGAACCACUCACAAGCCUGAGAAAUGAGCAGAAAAUUCCUGAAGAAGAAUACAUUAUUCUGAUAGAUGGUUUAAAUGAAGCUGAGUUUCAUAAACCUGAUUAUGGAGACACACUGUCUUCAUUCAUUGCCAAAAUUAUCUCUCAAUUUCCUGCAUGGCUAAAGUUGAUUGUGACUAUAAGAUCAAAUUUUCAGGAAAUUGUAAGCAUGCUGCCAUUUGUCAGGCUUUCCUUAGAUGAAUUUCCAGAAAACAAGGACAUUCACAGUGACUUACAUGCCUAUGUACAGCACAGGGUGUGCAGCAGCCAGAACAUUCUCAGCAAUAUCUCCCUGAAUGGCAAGGCUGAUGCCUCCCUCAUCACCAAAGUGAGCAGCCACCUAGUGUUGCGCAGCCUUGGCUCCUACCUCUACCUCAAACUCACUCUGGACCUCUUCCAGAAGGGACACCUAGUCAUCAAAAGUGCUAGCUAUAAGGUGGUACCUGUAUCUCUGUCUGAAUUAUACCUGCUGCAGUGCAACUUGAAGUUUAUGACCCAGUCUGCCUUUGAGAGAGCACUUCCGAUUUUAAACGUGACUCUGGCAUCACUACACCCUAUGACAGAUGAACAGAUCUUCCAGGCUAUUAAUGCAGGCCACAUACAAGGGGAGCAAGGAUGGGAUGACUUUCAGCAAAGAAUGGAAGCCCUCUCCUGCUUCCUUAUUAAGAGGCGAGACAAAACCCGCAUGUUCUGUCACCCGUCCUUCAGGGAGUGGCUUGUUUGGAGAGCAGACGGUGAAAAUACAGCCUUCCUGUGUGAACCCAGGAAUGGACACGCUCUCUUGGCAUUCAUGUUUUCUCGGCAGGAGGGAAAACUGAAUCGUCAACAGACCAUGGAACUUGGCCAUCACAUCCUGAAGGCACACAUUUUCAAGGGCCUCAGUAAGAAGACAGGAAUCUCUUCAAGCCAUCUCCAAGCCCUUUGGAUUGGGUACAGCACUGAGGGACUUUCUGCUGCCCUUGCGUCUCUCAGGAAUCUCUACACUCCCAAUGUGAAGGUAAGCCGUCUCCUGAUUUUGGGAGGAGCCAAUGUGAACUACAGGACAGAAGUAUUAAACAAUGCUCCAGUUCUAUGUGUCCAGUCCCACCUUGGCCAUGAAGAAGUCGUCACUCUGCUCUUGGAAUUUGGUGCUAGCCUCGAUGGAAUUUCAGAGAAUGGCAUGACUGCCCUGUGUUACGCAGCUGCUGCUGGCCACAUGAAACUGGUUUUCCUGCUGACCAAGAAGGGAGCAAGGGUGGACCACUUAGAUAAGAAAGGUCAGUGUGCUCUGGUACACAGUGCCCUGAGGGGCCAUGAUGACAUUCUGCGUUAUCUCCUGGCCUGUGAGUGGUCUGGGGGUCCUCUCCAUCCUGGUGUACUGAGGAAGAGCCAAGCCUUACAGCAGGCACUGACAGCAGCUGCCAGCAUGGGCCACAUCUUGGUGGUCCAGUGCUUGCUAGGACUGGAAAAGGAACAUGAAAUAGAUGUCAAUGGCACCGAUACUCUGUGGGGAGAGACAGCCCUAACUGCUGCCACAGGACGAGGGAAGCUGGAGGUCUGUGAGCUGCUGCUGGAGCAUGGAGCUGCUGUGUCUCGAACUAACAAGAGAGGGGUCCCACCUUUGUUCUGUGCAGCACGUCAGGGGCAUUGGCAGAUUGUUAGAUUGCUAUUAGAGCAUGGCUGUGAUGUGAACGUAAGUGACAAGCAGGGCCGAACGCCUCUCAUGGUGGCUGCUUGUGAAGGGCAUCUGAACACUGUGGAAUUUCUCCUUUCAAAAGAUGCUGACCUUUCAUCUCUGGACAAAGAGGGUCUUUCUGCAUUAAGCUGGGCUUGUCUGAGAGGUCACCGGACAGUGGUCCAGUUUCUGGUUGAGGAAGGAGCUGAGAUAGACCAGAUAGACAAGAAUGGCCGCACUCCCCUGGACCUGGCUGCCUUCUAUGGAGACGCAGAGACUGUUCUGUAUUUGGUUGAGAACGGAGCUGUGAUUGAACAUGUGGACCAUAGCGGAAUGCGGCCCUUGGAUAGAGCCAUUGGUUGUCGAAACACAUCUGUAGUGGUUACACUAUUGAGAAAAGGAGCCAAAUUAGGAAAUGCUGCUUGGGCUAUGGCUACUUCCAAACCUGAUAUUCUGAUUAUACUUUUACAGAAGUUGAUGGAGGAAGGAAAUAUGAUGUAUAAAAAAGGUAAAAUGAAAGAAGCAGCCCAGAGAUACCAGUACGCUUUAAGGAAGUUUCCUCGAGAAGGAUUUGGAGAGGACAUGAAGCCCUUCAGUGAACUAAGAGUCUCUCUCUAUCUCAGUUUGUCUCGCUGUCGAAGAAAAACAAAUGACUUUGGCAUGGCAGAAGAAUUUGCUUCCAAGGCUCUUGAACUGAAACCAAAAUCCUAUGAAGCCUUUUAUGCCAGAGCAAGAGCGAAGAGAAAUAGCAGGCAGUUUGUGGCAGCUCUGGCUGACUUGAGGGAAGCUGUGAAGCUCUGUCCCACCAAUCAGGAAAUUAAGAGGCUUCUGGCCCGAGUAGAAGAGGAAUACAAGCAACUCCAGAAAAACCAACAGCAAAAGCAGCAGUGCCCACUGCCAGUUCCCACCAAUGAUUCAGAUAAUGAAGAGGAUGCCCCUACCUCUGGAUUAAAUGACCACUUUAAUCUUGAGGACCCUGAAGAAAUAGAAGAAACUUCUCCACAGGAAGAAUCCACUUCCUUGGCUCCUGGGUCCCAACUAUCCUCAUCUAUACCCACCCUAUAUUUACGCAGCCUUCAAGAAGGGAUACAGUCAGAAAUGAGGCCAGCAUCACCACAGAACAGGCUGGGAAUCAACAAGCCCCCACGAGAGCCCGUGGCCCAGCCAGGCCUGAUUAUGCAGCCCACCAAGCAGGCACAGAUAGUGAAGACCAAUCAACAUCUAGGUUCUGGGCAAACUGGCAUGAGAAACAGCAGUACAAAAACUCAGCUGUCUUUACAGAAUCCUCCCCCAAGUCCCAUGCCAGGUAGAAUCCCUGCAACUCCUACUGGCAGCAGAGCCCAGCCGUUAGAGGGAGCAGGUUCUUUCUCUCUUGGAGCUGGUUCAGGUCAUUGUGGAGAUUGGCUGGGGCCCAGCCACAGUGUGCAGCUGCAGCACUGUGAAAGUGAGGCUGCAUAUCCUCUACCAAGUAAGAUAAAAACUGCAGAGAGGCUUUUGUCUCAUGCCUCCAUGGCUGUGGAUGUAGUCCCUCCAAACCAAGGUAUGUCAGUGAGCUGCAGCAACAAACGACACCCAGCUUCCCUAAGUAGCUCAGGCUCUUCCAGAUCCCCAUCCAGCAGCAUAAAGAUGUCAAGUUCCACCAGUAGUAUGACUUCAAGCAGCAGUUUUUCAGAUAGCUUCAAGGUCCAAGGACCAGAUGCUCGAAUGAAAGGCAAGGUUGUUAACCAAGUUCAGAGUAGUACAGCUGAACACAGACCACGCAAUACUCCGUUCAUGGGCAUCAUGGACAAGACUGCAAGGUUCCAACAGCAGAGCAAUCCUCCAAACCGCACCUGGCAUUGUCAGGGGCUAGAGGGGCUACUGACAAACACAUCUUCUGCAGCUGGCCUGCAGUCCUCAGACUCCGAGAAGCCCACUCUCAGGCAAUCAGGAGGAUAUAAUAAUCAAGCCAAAACCUGCUCUGUUUCUACCUUGGGUGGAAGUGUCCACAAUGGGGCACAGGUAAAGGAAAUUGAAGAAAAGAAGUGCCAAAUCCCAGCCCACUGUCAAGAUAACAGGAUAAGUAAGACUGUUUCUCAUGUGUAUCAGGAAAGUAUUGCUAAGCAGCAGCCUCCUAUCAGUAAUGAAGCUCAUCGGAGUCACCUCUCCUCAGCAAAACCAAAGCGAUCAUUCAUAGAAUCAAAUGUGUGAGCCUUAAGAGAGACCCAUUUGUAAGUCGUGUGUACUGGAUCCUCAUGUAAUUAAAUGGCUCUUCAUAAGAAAAUUUAACUUUAGCUAUAUUUUUCUUUAUUUCUUGGGGUCAAGUUGGAUGUGACUGGUGCAUUAAAAAUGUGAUCUAAAACUUAUUUAAUUAUAAAUAGCUAGAAGUCACCAUAAAUAAGAAUGCUAGCCAAAAUGGAAAACUAUAAUUAGUUAUGCUUAUUAGGUUAAACAUUUAAGACAGCCAAAAAGACACUAAUGUGUGAAAUUGAUUGGUUUUUAUCACUUUUCACCUAGUCUUUGCUAUGUGGUAAAAUCAUGAUAUUCUUAGAGGAUAUAAAUGUCUAGUGAUAAGUUUAACUCAACAUAAUACCCAGAUUAUCUAGUCUGGAGAAUGUGUUACUUUUAAAUUAUCAUACCACUGAAUUUAAUUCCAAUUUAUGUAGAGAAGUAUACAAAAUUAAGAAAUAUUUCUAGUUGAAUAUAAAUGUGGCUAUAAAUGUUGCAUAGCUAAUUUUUCUUCCCUUUUUAAGCAAAAUAUGAAAACAUUCUGUAUCUUCUCAUCCUAGUUCCAUGAAGAGGAUUAAAUACCUAUUUUCACAUUUAAUUCCUAUGCAGAACAUUUUAUAGCACCUUUUUCUUGAGUUAUAUUUAUGCUUCAAAGUUUUCUGAAUAUUUAGAAGUAGGAUCCAUUUAGAAUCCUGAUUGGUGAUCAAAUUCAAUUUGGGCUAAAAUACUAUGGCCAACUCUCAACUGGUUCUAAAACAGCUUUCAAUAAUGAAAGCAUUCCUAGGACAAGUUUUCCAAGGUCCUUUGAGGACACUGUUUAAUUUGGAUACUUUUGCUUUUAUUAUACAGUCUUUAUACUCACAUGUUGUAUAUAUAUAUAUUAAAUAGCCAAGUUGAACUCAGACUUGUAAAUAUAACUGUUUCAAGUAGUUAAUCUCAAAAAGUCAUAUAUUUGCUUGUUCUUUGUAAGCUUCAUCCAUGCUGGUUAUUGCACUGAACAAUUUAUCAUUAUAGCAUGUUAACAAUAUAACAGUAAUGGCACUUUAUCUCAUUUAUAUCAACACCUUUUGGGGUGCUACUUAAGUUCGAACUGAUGUAUUAUAAAAGUGAAGUACAGGAAUGAGCACUGAUUUAAAGGUAUUUUUAUAUGAAGAUCGUAUGCUAUUGAAGGAUGUUUGAGCAGUGGGAGUGUGCUUGCUUUAUAUACUGAGAAGUGAAAUUAUUUUCUAGUUUGAGAAGGACAUCUGUAUUUACAGAUUGUUUUUUAAAAUGAUUGGUUGUAAUGGAGUUCCUGUGAACAUCAUUAUGGUUUUGUACAAAUAUGAACUUUCAGAUCUUCAACAUCUGUUCCUGAGUGUAUACAGAAUACUUUGUAUAGCUUUAUCAUUUUAUAGGCUUUUUAUGUGUUCUGUUAUAAUUACUAUUGCUUAUUUAUUGUUUUCUUUAAUAACUGUGGAAGUCUUACUAUUUUGUUAUGUAGUUUUGUUUCUGCACAACUACUGUACUUUUCCUUAUGGAAUAAAGACUAUUAAAAGGA